CACCAUCCCGGGUGCUGCCGCCAUCCCGGGCUCUGGCCCCUCGCGGCCGCUGCUCUGCCCCGUCCGGCUGCGGCGCUCCGGCGCUCCGGGGCUCGGUUCCGCUGAGCGCGGCCGGGACAGGAUGCGGGGAGGCGGUUAAGGGAUAGGACGGGAUCAAGUGUAAAUAGAUACGGACAUUAAUAUGACUGUAAAUACAUAAACAGCACUGCAGUAGAAGUAAAGGUGGGUCAGGAGAGCUGUUUGUCACCUGUCACAUUUGCAGACCAUUGCGAGCCCCUGUAACCGUGCAGUUCCCUGGCGAAUGCAGUUCCUCGGAAGUAAAAGAAAGCAAUGCAUUCUGCUUCGAGUAUUUUUAGUAGGAGCUGAUGAGACAUUUGUUUUGGACGGAGAAAAAAAAAAUUAAAUACUGGAUACAAAAUUUGCAUAUAUGCAUAUCGGAAGAGCGCGCUUUGUGACACAAAAAGAACAGCUCAGCUCGCACGGCACGCAGGGGGUUGAUCAUCUGCUCUCCAUAAAUUGGGAGCAGGAACAGCCACCCCGUUGGGCUGUGACGCCCAGCCCCAGGCAGCACCUGGAACUGCGCAGGCUGAGCGAUGGGGAUGGGGAUGAGCACAUGACACGGGAGCUCUGGGAGCGCGGCCGUACCCUCAGGUAUUUCCACGCUUUGGCCAUAGUAAAUUGAACGAUGCUGCUUCCCACUGAGCGGGUGCUGGGGGAGGGGACUGUUUUCCAGCACGGUUUGGUAGCUGAUUAUCUUUCUGCUUUAAAAAUAGAAUCGCAUCGGGAGGAUUUUGUUUGUCGCCAGCAUCUCCGGGACGUGGGGAUGUCUGCUUUGGAUAUACUGUGUCUUGCAAAGCCGAAAGACUGGAGCCUCUUGAAAAUUAUGUAACAGUAAAAGUGCAUAUAGCCUUUGGAAAGAGGAAUAAUGGGACCAGGCAUUCAGGAAUAUCCCUUAUUACUGCACAGAGAGACACAGCAGCAGGAAAGCCACAGCCACACCAAUGAAAACCACAAAGGAAUGUAAUGGAAAAAGCCAUCCAAGCACCAAAGGACUAAAUAAACCAAUUUCUUAUGCGAAAUCUCCUCCUGGAAGAUUAGGCAAAAAUGUAUCAAGUGCCAUUGAAAAGUUUUCCCAUGACACUCAAGGCGGUCACCAACCAAGUGUUUUUAAGAAGGGAAGGAACCAGCUGGAUGGCAAUAAUCAGUCAAAAAGGAUCCCAAGUGUUUGCAGCUCACUGCACAGUGCACAAGGACCAAAGAGGAGUCCCCCAGAAAGAAGGCAAAAUGAAUCUUUCCUGCGCAGGAGUCCCCCAGAAAGAAGGCAAAACGAAUCUUUCCUGCACAGGAGUCCCCCAGAAAGAAAGCAAAACGAAUCCUUCCUGCACAGGAUCCCCUCUGGCACAAAGGGCAGCACACAAGAAAACUUCUGCAGGGCCAAGGAUGUCCCAGUGCAGCGUUUUUAUUGUGGUAAAAAAGAACAGCUGGGAAAGAAUCACGAAGAAUUCAUUGCUGAAGCCAGUCCAGGCUCUUCGAAAUGGCAAGAAGCAUCUGUAGGUGAAAUGUUUCUUGAUUUUGAAUCGGUACAAAUCAUUAAAGAAGAUGCUGAAGAUGAUAGUGCCAGUGACCUGUCUGACUCAGAAAGGAUUCCCAUUCCCCCCUCUCCCUGCACACCACCAGAGCUCAUCCUCAGAGCUGAAGAAAUCGACCCGGUUUGUUUGGAACACAUCCCUGAAAUGGGAUUUAAAGAAUCCGAAUAUUACUACCCCGACUUCCUCCCACCCCCUUUCAACUCGUGGGACUUGAAGCAGCUGGCCAUCUGUGCCUACGUGGAAGGGAAGAGCGAUUUCCGUCCCAAGCCCACGGGGUCCCUGGAGAAAUACAUCGAGCGCCUGGUGCAGCUGGAGUGGCUGCAGAUGCAGACGGUGCAGAGCGAGAAGGGCAGGGCCACCAAAGCCCGGCCCCAGACUGCCCCCGGCCCCGCCCGUGCCCUCAAGAGCCCCGGGAAGGGCAAAGCCUUGCUCAGCCCUGUGCCCACCAGGCAGGCAGUGCCCCAGGAAGGCGUUCCCAGGCUGCCCAGGAGCUGCUUGGGUCACAGGGCAGAGCCGUACUCCGAGGACACUCGCCAGGUGCGUUCCCAUCCAGGCCACCUGAAACUUCCUGAGAGAACGGGAUGUGCAGCGUCUACUCAGAGGCAAACUGGUGAUGGAAGGAGUGAGCUGAAGAAGAAACCAGCUGCAAAGCAGCAGCUUCUCAGUCUGCAGCCUCCCGAGAGCAGCUCUAAAAUCCAAAGUGUUGGUAACAUCAGACCCCCUAAGCAAACCCCAGCGUUCCACGCUGCAGCUGCUCCCAUUAAAGGCUUAAAAACAUACGUGUGUACAAAUCCAAAGAAAAAUGGCAAUGCCAGCAAUUAUGUUCCUCCUAAAAAACCAACAGUGGACAGGAAAAUAAAAACAAAUGGCACAAAGCAAACGCCACGCAAAUUUCAGUGAGGCAAAAAUCAUUAGGGAAUGUUUAUGUUUCUGGUCCUUCAUAGGAGGAUCCUGAGAAAAGUGUUCCUGACACGUGGUUCUGAGUCAGCACGGUUCAUUUCUAUAGAUUUGAUCUUAAGCCAGCAGGAAAUGUUUUCCCUGAAGGCAAGUGUCUUCCAUUGGUCUUUCCUCAAAAAUACUUAUAAUCGCUCAAAGAAGAUAACGAUAGCACAGUGUGAAGUUUAGAGAAGUGUAGAAUGUCCUGUCUGCACCAGCUGAAGUCUGAGUGUUCCUUGGACUUACCCUGCUGGGUGUGAGGGAGUAGGGUCCAUGCUCUUUCUCCUUGCCCAGGUGUGCUUUUUGUAAGACAGGUUUGACUGUGGUGUUUUUAUAAAAUAAUGGAGCCUGUUAUCUAUGCAAAGUCAACUCUAAUUCUUCACAGAAGAUGAUGAAUCGGAUAUUUUUGAUGAAGUAGAUAUUAUUUUUUUGAGAAGAAGGAUGGAGAUAAUGUUUUGAAAUAAUUUAAUGCAGAAAGAAUUCUUUUUAAGACAAAGUAUUAGGGACCAGGCAGCUUCAAUAAUGACAGAUUAAGAAAAUAGAAUGUGUAUUUUUAUACCCUGGAAUCUUCACUGUGUUUACAGACAGCUCUCCUGGAAGUUCAUUUUGUAGGCCUUGAUGCUUUUUGUCAUUUAGGGGAAAUGACCAGAUUUCAAAUUGCACAUGGAUAUAUUUGAGUAAUGCAAACUAAGGCUUUUAGCAGAGACUAUAUGGCCUGGUUUUCAGAACUGGGAAUCAUAAAACCCAGACUCCUAGGGGAAGAAUUUAAAGGGUGUUGUAUGUUCAAGUAAAGAUAUAUUUUGAUACAGAAGAUUCCUAUUUUUGGUCACCUAAGAUUACUCUUAUUUGUCCUGUGGUCCAGUCUAGCUUGGCUUCUUAAGGUUUAGGGAGGUGAGAUGGGGAAAUGUCCUGCAGAAAGAAAUUGUACAACCAGGAUUGGGUCCUGUCCUUAGGCCUUCUGUCUUCUCUUGUGUCUGUGAGAUACAGGGGAAUACAAAAGACAGUUUGGAGAAUAUUCAGGUGUCACUUGAUCUGUUACAAUUUCAAAUCAGUCACAGCAGCUGGGGACAGGAUCUUGUUAAGAUAAAAUUCUAAAGAAUGUUUUUACUUCCACUGUAAAAUCCUGGUCAGUGUAUUUUCCUCCUCAGCCACCAGUCCCAGUGUUCAUGAGAAGUGAGCUGAGGUCUGGUGGACCAGAUUCUGCAAGUGAGUCCUUGACAUUGUGAGAGAAAAUGAAAAAGUAGCAAAUACUGAAGGGUACAUUAUGUAUAUAGCUAAAUUGCACUUCUCUUGGUGAGCUCAUCUUGAUUUUAAGAUGCUUAGCUGUAUCUUUCAUUGUGCCUACCAGAUCUUCAGCUUUGUAAAACUUCAAGGCAUGAAUUUAUAUGUAGUUUGAAAAGUGAGAAUAUUAAGAAAUGUAGUAACAAAGUAGAGUAUUUUACAGUACAUGAAAACAUUGCUCAGGAAUAGUCUAAGAAAUAUUUUUAGUGGUUUUUUCCUAGUCUACUGGAGACCAAAUGUGAAAUUUUGAAUUGGUAAAGGAAAUGAAUGUAAUAGACAGUGUUACAUUUCCAGAAUCAGUAUUUGUAAAGUUACACUUAAUAUGAACUGUAGUUGCAUGUACAUUCAGCUCUAUGCAAUUCAAGUGAAACUUAAUCUGAGAUGCUCAAAGACCUGGGAAACUGGCUGUGCCAGAGGUGUGGUGGCACUCAGGAUGGGACGGAACACCAGCAGCUGCAGAGGACCAGCACAUCCCAGUGCUGCUGUUUCACCCUUUUGUUUUGGUCCAGCCUUGUGUAUUUCAGCUUUUAUAGAUGAAAAGUUCCUCCACCCAGUGUUUUCAAGCAUUUCAAUUAUUUCAAGCUAUGGCCAAAUUCUGCAAGCCUGCCUUAGCCAGAUUCACAUGAACAGUAGUGAAAAAUAGGAGAGCUGCUUUGCCAAUGAUCAGGAUUUCAAUGCACUGUUCUAGUUCACUGUUACAAGCACCAAACCUGAGGUGAACAGGAUCCAAGCAAUAAUCAGAAUAGCAGUCUUUUAAAACAAAUCCUGUUAGAUGCAGUAAAUAAUUUAGCAUGUUGUUGUAGCAUUGAAUAUUGCUGGAUGCUAAAUUUUCUAAAUGGAAGCUUUCCUGGGUUGUAGGGAGGGCAUGUAGAUACAGGCACAUUUUGCAUGAUCACUUCUUUAAGAAUAAAUAAACCCCAUUUCAAUCAGCUGUGACCAGAGCAAAGGUGAUUGGCACUGGGAAAAGUAUUUUGUCACAGUGGUGGGAAAGUUUUAAAGUAGUGUUUGUCGUCUUACAGACACCAGUCUGUCAUUGGAGACUAAAAAGUGAAGCAGGUGCAGGUGGUGGUGCCACUUUAAAGAAAUCUGAAAACUUGUUCAUCCCUGGGCUCCGUGUGGGAUCUGGCCAAGUGAGUUUAUCUCACAGGAUAAUCACACCAGUCUAAUUUCUGUCAUUGAUUGGAUACUUCUGACACGCUUGUCUUUGUUCACGCACAGAAACAGAAAUUCUGUGUUUGCCUCAACAGACUCUGCUCUUGGCCUGAGCAGACCUGCAGGGGCUGGGUUUUAUCCCAUUUCCAUUUUAACUUCACCACGUUCUGGGCUUACACAUGAAAAGAGCUCCUUUUAUGAAGAGGACUAUGCUUUAUAUUUCUUUUAUUUUAUAUUUCCGGAUAUUGUCUUUAGAAGCACUUCUGAACAGAGCAGAAAAAACUAUGCCAUCAAACACAUUUGGCUUAAAAUUAAUUACUUAAGAUACUUCCACAGCACCAUGUUUGUGUGGCUUUUAGCCUUUUUUUUUUUUUUUUCCCAAGGUUUAGCAAUAUGAUCAUGUGGAUCUAAGCCUAGCACUGGUGAUGCUUCUUGAAGAAGACAUUACUGUGAUGUGAGAUAUUUAAACAGAGUGAUUUAUUUAUUUAUUUAUUUAUUUAUUUAUUUAUUUUGCUAGAGAAUGUAAAGGUUUAGUGUUCUGCAGCAUUACCUACAGAACAAAUAUGCUCAGGUUGUAUUUUAAAUAAACAGCCACACUCUGCUUCAGUUACAUGAGUAUAAACUUUGAAUAACUCAGUUAUUUUCAGUGAAAUGACCCUGUUAGAAGAUGUGGAGAAACAGAAUUUCACUCCAAUAUGUAUAAACUGUUCUCCUUAGUAAUGCUAAUGCAUUCUUAGUGCAUCAUGUGAAGAAAUUUAAAGCAAUACUGUUUUUCUCUUGCCAUGUUCCUUUUCCCUCCGUUGCUUGCAUCUCAUACCGAGGGCAGUAAUGUUUUCCCACCUUGUUUUCAGUCGGAUGCUGCAGGGAGGGUUGUGCUGAUUCCAUCAGGCUAAACUGCCCUGUUUGACUCCACACUCUGAGAUCUGCCCUCAUCCCGUCACUGUUCGUGUCUGUUCUGUGUUUCACUCAUUGUUAUUUGAGGUAACUUUUGUAUUUGCUAUUUAAAAGAUCUUGUUAGAAUUCGGAGAGAAUUUUGACAGUUUUUUUCAGCUGGUAUGUGCAAAAGCACAUGUCCAAAAAAGGAGCUGAUACUUCAAAUUUCUGCAGUACGAAAUUGCCUAGAAUGUACUAUUUUUUGCCUUAUUUUAAAGGUAUUGAGCCUUUGUUGCUCCCAUUGCAUUAGUGGUUUUUCAUCUGAAAAAUAAACAGACCAUGCUGUAAGGACUGAACUUGAUUAACUGAGGAUUUGCAGACCAGCUUCUGAUGUUGGUAUUCAUGGAUUCUUAUUUAUUUGAACUUUUUGUGGAUAUUUUUGCUAGUAAUUCCAUGGGAAAGUGAUCUUGUCAUUCAAAGGUACCGUAUAUUUGCUACAAUAAAAGUGAGAUACUGCCCUGUU